AUGGAGGGUGAACUACAGUACGGUUCGAAAAAGUAUCCGAUUGCGGCGAAAAACCGCAAAUCGAAGCUGGACUUUCUCAACGACGUUCGGAGUCACUACGAGAAGAAGAAAAAGGAAACCGCCGACGCACGGAGGGAGCCCCGGAUCAACCUGUCCGUGCCGGGAACUCCGGUCUGUUCGAGGUACCUUCGCAGGUUGUCGAGUCAACCGGAAGAUGGCGCUGAACGGGACGUCAUCGACGAUGGUGGAACGGUGGCGAACGAACUCGUCGUCAGCAGUUUGGUGUUGGAUAAGUUCCUGAAAGACAUGAAGGGGUUGUCGCGUGUCAAGGAUGAGAACACGGAUCCGUUGGAGCAGGAAACGAACCAUAGCAUUACCGGCGUUCCUGGGCAUACUACGACGGAGGAUUACUUCAAAACGUCCGACGAUCGGAAGGCGUAUCACAGGACGUUCUCCGAGGCUACGGGUGCGAUUGGCCAAGCUCCGGUAAUCGAGACAAACCCCGUGGUGAAGAAGUACUUUGAAGAGUCCGUGAACCAGCGGAGUUAUCGGAGGGACUUUUCCGAAGCGUACGGUGAGUUGCCUGAGGUAACUGCCGCAGGUUCAUCGGAUCCUUUACAGGAAAAGCCCAAAACGAAGAAAAAAAUAAAGAAAAGUGCUUCGAAGGUGACGAAAAACGCGAACAUUCGACCCAGUCAGCUUAUCAGCGACACGUCGGACGAUGAGCGAUCGAGUGUGAGCGAGAACGAGUUCCUGCAGGAGCUGGCACAGCUGAAGGAGUCGAAGAAACGCUUCGAGGAGCAGCUGCAUGCUUACCAGACGAAAGUGACCACCCAGCCGGAUCCGGUGGCCUUCCCAGAGCCGAAAUCAACGCAGCAGUUCUUUGAGAAAUCGGAACAGGCGCGAACGUACCAGAGAACGUUUUCCGAGGCCGUCCAAACCGUUGGUGGAGACCUGCAGCAGGGAGUGGUUCGCGAUCCGGCUAUGCAGCAGUACUUCACUGAUUCCGCAACGCGACAAACCUAUCGGAGGGAUUUCUCGGAGGUGUACAACGAGUACGAACCGCCGAUUCGGGAGACGUUGGAUGGCUUUAAACCCACCGUUCCAGGAACACCCAUCAGUUCGAGGCAUCUGGACAAAUGGAAGAAACCCACCGGUGAGGUUACGGUUCCAGCAGAAGAACGCCAACCUGAGACGUUGUCGGAAGCGCUGGCAAGCUUUAACAAGGAACUGGACAAUUUGAUGCGCACCAAACCAUCACCGGAGGUUCCGCAGGCGAAGAACCCGGAGGGAGAGUUCUGCGUGGACACAUACCUCAACACGUCGCAGACGAAACAAACGUACAGUCGGUCCUUCUCCGAGGCGGCUCAAGCAUUUUCCCGCUCGGAGGUGAAAAGCCCCGCGGUACGGUCCUUCUUCGAGGAAUCGAGUCGAAAGGGAACGCUUCAACGUGGCUUUUCCGAGGCGUACCAUGAAGCGGUGGAGGCGCCCAAUUCUGUAGCACCGAGUACGCCCGGUCCAGACGAUGAGAAAACACGCCCUUCCGAACCCACGGUCGGGAUACCCUUACAAGUUCCUGGAACUCCGAUCAGCUCGAAGAAACUGACGGAAUUGCGUCGCAGCACAAGCGAGCUGGAGCCUCGAGAAGCCAAGACUCCUGCAGUGAUGGACACCGGUAAGGAGCAGACAACCGGACAGGCACCGGGCGGUGGGUUUCCGGCGGUGAUCCGUGUUCCGCUAACGCCGCAGCUUGAUGUUUCAGUGCCAAGCCCACCGACCAACCCGACGAUGGCGACGAUCUGGGAAGCGGCGGUUACCAGCGAGCACCAGCCGUAGCGAGCCGUCCCGAUGUCACCGGGCAAGAACCCACAGCAACAGAGUCCCUAGAGCUGGAUCGAGAGUUCUGGAAGAAGUUUGGCGCCGGGCAGGAGGAUUAGCAUGCACCGAGAGGAAAUAGAAAAAAAACGUGUGGUGCGAGAGAAGAGACCGAGAAAAAAAAGGAUCUUCGCUUAGCCUACACGCACUGUGGUGCAAUAUACACAAUAUUCAAAUAAAC